CGGCCUCCCGCUCUGCUUCUCGAAGCCUGCCCCUCGGCCCGGCCCGGCCCGGCCCGGCGCUGGACUGGCCACAGCCGCCUUGCCGCGGGCCGAGCUGCCGUCUGGUGGCUGCGCAGCCCCGGGGCCGCGAGGCCCCUGCCCCUCCCUCGCACCGGGCCGGCAGGGAACUGCACCCAGGGGUUUCCUUCAGCUUCUCCCACCCGCUGCGGAAGUGCCCAGGCAGACCCCUAAGGGCAGUUUUGAGUGAAUUUCCAACAAAUGGACUCUUUGCACUUGCCUUGAUCUGCUGAACAGGGAGGACCUUAUUGAAGAUAAACUGGGGAUCUGGUGACUACUUCCAUUACCUCCACUUUCUCCCUGACAUGGAACAAAGUGAGGGCAAGCAGGAGCCCCAGCCAGAAGGUCAUGUGGACAGCAAAAGCAAUGUGAAACCCAUGCCUGGGGGAGCUGCCCAUGUCAGGCUAGAAAUAAAAAAACACGCAGUUACGGAUGACUACAAACUCUCCAAACGGGUGCUAGGCUUGGGCAUUAAUGGCAAAGUAAUGGAGUGUUUUAACAAGGUGACAGGGCAGAAAUGUGCUUUAAAGCUCCUGUAUGACAGCCCAAAAGCCCGACAGGAGGUGGAGUAUCACUGGCGAGCUUCAGGGUGCCUGCACAUUGUCCACAUUCUAGACGUUUAUGAGAACAUACAUCAUGGGAAAAGAUGCCUCCUCAUCAUAAUGGAAUGCAUGGAGGGAGGGGAGCUGUUCAAUAGGAUCCAGGAACGAGGAGACCAAGCUUUCACAGAGAGAGAGGCCUCUGAAAUAAUGAAAGACAUCGGAACAGCCAUCCAGUAUCUACAUGCAAUGAACAUUGCCCAUAGAGAUGUCAAGUUUUGUGCUUUCAGUAUUCAGUCAGGAGGAGGAUGGAGAGCUCCUUUUACACUGCCAUGCAGAACUGAAUUCUGGUACAAGCUAAUAUUUACCGGCAGAUCGAACAGGAGAGACUUGGCAAUGCCUGAAAACCUGCUUUACACAUCCAAAGAAAAAGACGCAGUACUCAAGCUCACAGACUUUGGGUUUGCCAAAGAAACUACCAUACAGAAUACACUGCAGACCCCCUGUUACACUCCAUAUUAUGUUGCCCCAGAAGUUCUUGGCCCUGAGAAAUAUGACAAAUCAUGUGACAUGUGGUCUCUUGGUGUCAUCACAUACAUUCUCUUGUGUGGGUUUCCUCCCUUCUACUCUAACACUGGACAGGCCAUUUCCCCAGGGAUGAAGCAGAGAAUUCGGAUGGGGCAGUAUGGAUUUCCCAAUCCAGAGUGGUCUGAAGUAUCGGAAGAAGCCAAGCAGAUGAUCCGUCUCUUGCUGAAAACAGACCCAACUGAGAGGAUGACAAUUUCUCAGUUUACAAACCAUCCGUGGAUUAAUCAAUCAAUGAUGGUACCACCAACCCCUCUUCAUACUGCACGAGUUCUGCAAGAGGAUAAAGACCACUGGGAUGAAGUGAAGGAGGAGAUGACUAGUGCUUUGGCUACCAUGAGAGUGGACUAUGAUCAAGUGAAAAUCAAAGACUUGAAAGUGUCCAGCAACCGCCUCCUCAACAAACGCCGCAAGAAACUGAAACAGGCAGGCACCUCCUCCGCAGCCCCAGGAUGCAACAACCAGUAAAGAAGAGAAGAUGAGGGAUUUGAGGUUGGAAAGCUAAAUUUAUAGGAACAAAUUAAAAUGAGGAGGAUCAGCUCGCUCUACUGGCUUGACAAGGAAGAUGGUGCUCAAAGAUGCAACAGUGAAAAGAUUACAUCAUACUAGAACUUUUUUCUGGGUUUUGCUUUUAAAGGGGAUUUUUGUCUGUUAUAUUUUCCAGAGAACAAUUCUGCAAAAAUUCUUGAAUUUUGAUGCAGCUUCACUUGUUUUGGGGGAGGAAAAGGAGGCAGUCUUUGAGUUCUAGUGCAUGAGGGCUUUUACCACAGCCUGCAAGAGUGACUUCUAUUGUGGUUUCAAGCUUCUGCAAAUAGAAACAUCAAACAUGUGCUGCCAGAAGAUUUCAGAAAUUGAAGCAUGAGCAGGGAGAAAGGAGAAAAAUGGCACCAUUUUUAUUUUUUUUUAAUCCAAACUGUAGUCUCAGGUCUUGUUUUUGCUGGUGCACCUGAAUGGCAGUUCUUCCUAGCAUUGGUAAGAAGAGUGAUUAUUUCUAGAUUUAAUUCCUAUAAUCUUCUGAACAGGGGAGCAUUGUCCAUGAUUUAGAGGUGGGGCGGGAAAUGUCCUGUGUAGCUAAGGGAUAGACUAUGGGCUUCUCCUUGAACUACCAUAUCCAUGAAGGCAUUUGGUAUUCUAUGCAACUCAGGUUUUGUCGCACUUUCUAGUUUAAUAGAUUGUUCAUUUUCUAAACUCUCUCCUUGAUGUCAUGUCUGCACCAUUGGCAGAUCCCUUCCCUGUAGACUCUUAGUCUACAUCAAUAUCUUACCUAAAACUAUGUAGCAGCCUGAGAAAAAUAUCUCUGUUCUUUUUGGGUUUGUUCCUUUCCUGUGCACACACCCUAUAACUGUUGCAUAUAAUACUCUGCUUUGAAAAAAAACCAAAAACCUUCUUAAAUCCAGAAAACAAUGGCAAGAGUGGUGUUCUCUUCAGGGAAUCCUAUUGGCUGACAAUAUCCAGGAUGAUUGUUACAUUCGGGACUUGUGUCCCAUGUACAAUGCUCAUUUCUGCCAAAUUAUUUUUGCCAUUUUACAUGCAGUGUUUUGACAAAUACAUUGACCCAUUCUGACAGUGCAAAAUGUAAACCUGUUAACAUGACAGCAUUCCUGAGCAAUAACCCACAUGGAUGUAUGUCUUUUGACUUUUUUCCUCCUAUUUAAUGGUGUUCUUGCUGUGGUUUGUUCAUUUGUCCUAUUCUAUGAUUGCCAUAUUUCCUCUUUCUUGUAUUAUGGAUUCUAACUUAGGUGAAGAAAACAUUGUUGACAAUAUUACAAGAUUUUGGGUGAAUUGAAAUGCUUCCAGCGGUGCAAAUAAAUAUUCAUGGUGUAACACAUGGGAGAUGGAGGGCUAAAAGACUCAAGCAGAAGACUGACAUGAUGCAGUAAAUGUAACAGAUGUGCCAAAGAGAGUUCUAAUCUUCUAAUCCAGUUUCUGUACCUGAUAGCCACACUGAACUUGCAGCCUCUUUACCAAAGAUCUGCUUGAUGCUUUGGACCCAACACAUGGGCUCUGGUCUCACGCACAACAAAUUAGACACAAUUACAAGCUAUCUACCUUUCUUUGUGAAAUAUUCCUGGGCUUUUACAAAAUGGUUUUAAUAAAUCAUGUUUCACCAUUUC